CCUCCCCUCCCCGAGUGCUCGUCUGCUGGGAGUGUCCACAGGUGAUGGGUCUAUGGGACCCACCUGAGAUCCGGCCAUAUAACACCCAGCAGGCUGCACUGGGCACUACCUGUGCUGGAAGCCUGUUUAGUAGACUCUGAAUAACCCAGUAUGAAGUUCUCUCCUGCAUCACUGAACAAAAUGGAAGCCGGGAGCCAGAGAUCUGCGGAGAAGAAAGGCCGAGGAAAGUCCAAGAACUACUCCAGGUUCAUCUACAAGGUUUUAAAGCAGGGCCCUCAGGAGCAGAGCGUCUGUCUGUCCAAGGAAUCCGACCUGAUCUUCUCCAUAGUGUCUGAAGCCGCCAGGCUGUCCUUGUAUAAUAAGAGGAGAACCAUCACCAGGCGGGAGGUGGAGUCUGCAGUGCAGAACAUCACAACCUCGGGGCGCUCCACACACUCUGCAGCCACAGAAUGAAAAAUGUGUGUGUGUCAUGGGGUUUUAAAUGUUAAAUUAUUAUGCAAA